AUGGCGACUUCGGGGGGGAAGUCGCGGCGUGAAGAGACGAGCGACAAUUCCGAUGACGAGCUCUUACCCCUUGCAAACGACACUUAUGGAGGAAGUCAAAGAACCGUACAAGAAACAAAAGGAUGGGACGUUUUCAGAGAGUUUCCACCGAAGCAGGACAGUGGGUCUAUGGAAAGUCAAAAAUGUUUAGAAUUUACUGUGAGAAUACUCAAAGUUUUGGCAUAUACUCUUACCUUCGUAGUAGUUUUGGCAUCUGGCGUUAUAGCCAAGGGCACGGUACUGUUCAUGACUUCACAACUAAAAAAAGAUAAAAGACUUGCGUAUUGUAAUAAGAAUUUAGGUAGAGAUAAACAAUUUAUAGUUUCACUUCCGGAUGAAGAGCGAGUAGCGUGGAUGUGGGCGGUCCUAGCAGCAUUUGCCAUCCCGGAAAUAGGAACUCUAAUACGCUCAGUUAGAAUAUGUUUUUUCAAAUCUUCUCGGACACCGACCAGCAUUCAAUUCAUAGUGGUUUUUAUUGCCGAAUCAUUGCAUACCAUCGGAAUGGGAUUACUAUUCUUUGUAAUACUCCCUGAAUUGGAUGUGGUUAAAGGCGCUAUGAUAACAAACUGUCUUUGUAUUGUGCCUGCAAUUCUUGGUUUGCUUUCUCGGAAUUCUAGAGACUCGAAGCGAUUUGUAAAAGUUAUCGUUGAUAUGGCAGCUAUUGUCGCACAGAUCACUGGUUUUAUUGUCUGGCCGCUGUUAGAAAACAAACCUGUCCUUUGGCUUAUACCGGUUGCCGCACUUUGUAUAUCUUUAGGAUGGUGGGAAAACUACGUAAACCGUCAAAGUCCGAUUGGCAUUAUUAAGAGUUUGGCAAGGUUAAAAGAGGAACUUAAUCACACACGUUACUACACGUAUCGUUUCAUGUCUCUUUGGAAAAUUCUUCUGUUUCUCAUGUGCAUCCUCUUAGGAAUAUGGAUUGAGGGUGACGAUCCAGCAAUGUUUUUCCAACUAUUUAAUCCUGGCUUUGGACCUCACAAUAUUGUUGUAGAAGAGGUGCAAAUUCAACUCGGUAGUACAACGAUACCGGAUCUGGCAAACGCUACUCUUACAGGAGAUUCGGUUGAAGUUGCAGCUGUGUAUAAAUCAGCUUUUUACGUUCUACUCAUUCAAAUAUUUGCUGCGUAUUUAUGUUAUAUAUUUGGAAAGUUCGCUUGCAAAAUUGUUAUUCAAGGUUUCAGUUACGCUUUUCCUAUUAACCUUGUGAUACCCGUGGUCGUGAAUUUGUUAAUCGCGGCAUGUGGUCUACGUAAUGGCGACAACUGUAUAUUCCAUGGAACAGUGCCAGACUAUCUAUUUUUUGAGAGUCCUUCAGUAUUUUCACUCAGUGACUUUAUUUCUCGUCAAAUGGCGUGGAUCUGGUUGUUGUGGCUACUUUCUCAAACGUGGAUCACAAUACAUAUUUGGACUCCUAAAGCGGAACGUCUAGCGUCUACAGAAAAAUUGUUCAUUCUUCCAAUGUAUAACGGACUUUUAAUAGAUCAAAGUAUGGCCCUCAAUCGAAAAAGAGACGAUCAAAAAGAUGUAAAAACGGAGGAUCUUGCUGAAAUAGAAAAAGAGAAAGGCGAUGAAUAUUAUGAAACCAUUUCCGUACAUACCGAUAAUACUGGUUCCUCUCCAAAAACAAUUAAGUCAUCGGACCAAAUUACAAGAAUAUACAGUUGCGCUACUAUGUGGCACGAAACUAAAGACGAAAUGAUGGAGUUCUUGAAGUCUAUUCUACGAUUAGAUGAAGACCAAUGCGCUCGGCGGGUAGCCCAGAAGUAUUUACGUGUUGUCGAUCCGGAUUACUAUGAAUUUGAAACUCACAUUUUCUUGGAUGACGCUUUCGAAAUAUCUGAUCACAGUGACGACGAUUCUCAAGUGAAUCGUUUCGUUAAACUUCUUGUGGACACAAUAGAUGAAGCUGCGUCCGAAGUUCAUCAAACGAUUAUUCGAGUUCGACCACCGAAAAAAUAUCCUGCUCCUUACGGAGGAAGACUAUCAUGGGUGCUACCAGGAAAAACUAAAAUGAUUUGUCAUUUGAAAGAUAAGGCAAAAAUUCGUCACAGAAAACGUUGGUCACAGGUAAUGUACAUGUACUACCUUCUCGGACAUCGUCUCAUGGAAUUACCGAUAUCAGUAGACCGUAAAGAAGUGAUGGCUGAAAAUACGUACCUACUUACACUUGACGGAGAUAUCGAUUUUCAACCACACGCUGUAAGAUUACUUAUCGAUUUAAUGAAGAAAAACAAAAACUUAGGCGCAGCCUGUGGCCGUAUUCACCCUGUUGGCUCUGGUCCCAUGGUAUGGUAUCAAAUGUUUGAGUAUGCUAUUGGUCAUUGGCUGCAAAAGGCAACUGAACACAUGAUUGGAUGCGUACUUUGUAGUCCUGGAUGUUUCUCCCUCUUCAGAGGAAAAGCUCUUAUGGACGACAACGUUAUGAAGAAAUAUACCUUAAGAUCUGACGAAGCUCGGCAUUACGUGCAAUACGAUCAAGGAGAAGAUCGUUGGCUCUGUACGCUUUUGUUGCAAAGAGGCUAUCGAGUAGAAUAUUCAGCUGCUUCCGAUGCCUACACACACUGUCCUGAAGGUUUCAACGAGUUUUACAAUCAACGUCGUCGUUGGGUACCUUCUACUAUUGCCAACAUUAUGGACUUGCUUGCGGAUUACAAACAUACUAUUAAAAUUAACGACAAUAUCUCAACACCCUAUAUUGCCUAUCAGAUGAUGUUAAUGGGUGGUACGAUCCUUGGACCCGGUACUAUAUUUCUUAUGUUGGUGGGUGCUUUCGUCGCCGCUUUUAGAAUUGAUAAUUGGACUUCAUUCGAAUACAAUUUAUACCCUAUUGCUAUUUUUAUGUUUGUUUGUUUUACGAUGAAAUCAGAAUAUCAGUUGCUGGUUGCGCAAAUAUUAUCAACUGCAUAUGCUAUGAUAAUGAUGGCUGUAAUCGUCGGUACGGCUCUACAAUUGGGAGAGGACGGAAUAGGAUCACCUUCGGCAAUUUUCUUGAUAUCACUUUCAAGUUCCUUUUUCAUAGCAGCCUGUUUGCAUCCGCAAGAGUUUUGGUGUAUAGUUCCAGGCAUAAUAUAUCUCCUUUCCAUUCCGUCUAUGUACUUGCUAUUGAUUUUGUAUUCGGUCAUUAAUCUUAACGUAGUAUCCUGGGGUACGAGAGAAGUUCAAACGAAAAAAACUAAAAAGGAAAUAGAACAAGAAAAGAAAGACGCAGAGGAGGCAAAGAAAAAAGCUAAACAAAAGUCUCUCUUGGGAUUCCUACCUGGAGUAAAUAGCGAAGAAGAAGAGGGUUCCAUUGAGUUUUCAUUUGCUGGGUUAUUUAAGUGUUUGCUGUGUACGCAUCCUAAAGGAAACGAAGAGAAAGUGCAGCUUAUGCAUAUUACAUCAACUCUUGAGAAGUUAGAAAAAAAAUUAGAGAACGUAGAAAGAGUUUUAGAUCCACAUGGCCAAUCAAGAGGACGUAAGCUGUCUAUUGGAUUAAGAGGUAGCACUAAUGGAGAUGGGCUGAUAACCGUGGCUGAAGGCGAAGAAGAACAUGACUCCGAUUCUGAAACCGAUACAAUGUCUACAGUACCAAGAGAAAAAAGAGAUGACUUAAUUAACCCCUAUUGGAUUGAAGACCCGGAUUUAAAAAAAGGAGAAGUUGACUUUUUGAGCCAGUCAGAAUUAUCGUUUUGGAAGGACCUUAUUGAUAAAUAUUUAUAUCCUAUAGACGCUAACAAGGAGGAACAGGCACGUAUUUCCAGGGAUCUUAAAGAAUUGAGAGACUCAUCGGUAUUCUCUUUCAUAAUGAUUAAUGCCCUUUUUGUGCUCAUUGUUUUUUUGCUGCAACUCAACAAGGACAACCUUCAUAUUAAAUGGCCACUUGGAGUCAAAACUAAUAUAACAUACGAUGAGGUUUCGCAAGAGGUACUUAUAUCAAAAGAAUACUUGCAACUGGAACCAAUUGGUCUAGUUUUCGUAUUUUUCUUCGCUUUGAUCUUGGUCAUUCAGUUCACUGCUAUGUUGUUCCAUAGGUUUGGAACUCUUUCACACAUAUUAGCUUCUACUGAACUAAACUGGUUCUGUACUAAGAAGUCUGAAGACUUAUCUCAGGAUGCAUUACUAGAUAAAAACGCUAUAGCAAUCGUAAAAGAUUUGCAAAAACUAAAUGGUUUAGAUGACGAAUAUGAUAAUGAUUCCGGAUCGGGACCGCAAAACGUGGGUAGACGGAAAACAAUUCACAACUUAGAGAAAGCAAGACAAAAGAAGAGAAACAUUGGAACUCUUGACGUCGCUUUCAAGAAACGGUUCUUUAAUAUGAACGCCAACGAUGGCCCAGGUACUCCAGUAUUAAAUCGCAAGAUGACACUGCGAAGAGAAACGCUUAAAGCUUUGGAAACAAGAAGAAACUCGGUAAUGGCCGAACGGCGAAAGUCACAGAUGCAAACACUUGGCGCUAACAAUGAGUAUGGUGUGACUGGAAUGUUAAAUAACAACCACGGAGUUCCUCCUCGACACCGUACUUCGACUGCCAAUAUAUCCGUAAAGGACGUUUUUGGUGAACCGAACGGAGGAAUGGUCAACAGAGGUUACGAAACCUCACAUGGUGAUGAAGACGAUAGCAACUCAAUAAGACUCCAACCUAGACAAAAUCACCAAGUUUCCUUCCAAGGACGAUUCUAAUGAGCAAAUACAUUCUUGUCACAAACCCGAGUUGCCAACUUUACGAAUAAAAAAAAAUUAGUUAUAAGAAUUGUAGAUACUCAUUUACUAGCGUAGAAAUUAUUAUAAUUUUAAACGAAUUUGUAAAUCGAAUGAUAAAAUAGUACUUCUUGUGAUAUUUUAUAAUUUCUCCAAGUGACAACGAUGUACUGAUAUGAAAACAUUGUGUUCUUUUGCUUUCUAAUAUUUUUAUUUUUAUCAAAUAAUUAGUCUUUACACUGCCACUAUACUUUUGUAUUUGUUUUACAAGAUAUUUCCAUAUACAUUCAAAUAUGGUUAA